UCAAGAUGGUAGCCACCAGAAGAGGGGUACGCGUGGUGGAAUCCCCUACUAAAACAGUUCAAAAUGAACCUUCAAGCUCAUCGGAUGAGGUCAUAUCGACGAGAAGAUCCAGGAGAGGAACAGUACGUGUGGAGGCUGCCACACCCCCAGCAGAAAGUGCAAGCGAUGCCCAGGAGGAUGUGACCAGCACGGCUAGCGCCCAAGAAGACAAACCCACGGAGGAAGCAACAGCAUGCGUUGAAGACCAGCCUGAGGACAUCCACGAUGCUGACGUAUCAGACUUGGAGUCCUGUUAUUCGGCGGCUUCCCCGUCAGCUGUCCAAACGCCCAGCACCAAGCCCACAAGGAGGAGAGGUAGGCCGCCAGGAUCCACUAAGAAACCCAAGGCCGGCACAGAAGGCUUGUCCGAAGCAGAGUCCUGCGCCUCGGCCGUCUCUGCCACUCCCAGCACAGCUUCCCGGAGAUCCACACGUAACCCGAGGAAGAAGGACCCCGAAGGAGCCGAGGAGGCGGCAGGAAGUAACGAUCAGGUCUCCGAGGCAGAGUCGUGCAGCUCGGUGGCGUCCCUGCGCAGACGCGCUCUGACCAGGAGCCAGAAGAAGGCGACCUCCCACACCGAGGACACGGACCUGUCGGAGCACGACACAUACGACCUGCGCAAGUCCACGGUGCGCAAAAGCACCCGUGGCAGGAAGCCUUCUCAGCCUGUGGAGCCCGUGCCCAUAGACCUGGACGACAGCGAAGACGUGUCCUCCGCAUCGUCUGCCACUAGGAAGACGCCAGGACGAAGAGGCAGAACCACUGCCACCGUCACCGUCUCCUCGGCGGCUCCUGCCCCUUCCACGGACGACAACGCCUCUGGGCUUAGCACACGGAGGAGCAGUCGCCGGAAAGUCAAAGAUGCUGCCGUCAGAGGCGCAUCCGACUCUGAGUCUGACUUCACUGGUUACAGUUCUCUGGGCAGCCCUGCGUCCUCGGUGCAAGGCAAGGGCACCCCGUGCAGCAGCCGCACUGGAUCAGCUGGCAGUAACCGCGCCGCGCCAGUCUCCAGGGCCACCAGGUCGCUUCGUAGUGGUGUCACGGUGGUGCUGACACCCAGCAGAGAGGAUGGCGAAGCAGAGGAAGGGGGAGAAGACGCUCCUGCUGUAGAAACGGAGGAAAAGAUGGAAGUGCAAGAGCCUGAAAAGACGGUCAUAGUGACUGGUGGGGAUGAGGAAAUGGCGGAAGGCGAUGACGACAACGUUCCUCCCUCAGCAGUCACAGAGGCAGAAGAGAUGGAGGUGAAAGAGUCUGAGAAGACCGUUGUGGUAACCAGAGAAGAGGAGGAGUCUUCUGUCCUUGCAGACAAAACUCUUGUGGAGGACAAAACUCUAAUUGAGGAGGAGGAAGAAGAAGAGACGAAGGAGGAUGAUGAUGCUGCUAUCAGGGGUGUCACUGUAGUUGACCCAGCACAGCCUGAAUUCCAGGAGGGGACUCGCACAGACAGCCCAAUCCCAACAGUGACUGUUUCCGAAAGUCCUGACACAGUGGAGGCAGCAGAGAUGAUUCCUGCUGUAGAUGGAGAUUCCGAGACGGAUGCUUCCAAAGGCAGUGUCACUGUGUCUGGGGGACAGGAAGAAAUUCCUGUUCCUGUUGAAAUUCCUGAAUCCAGCACUGGUGAUACUACCACUCUGGAGACGCCUUGUACUGGUAGUGUAACAGUACAUGAAGUAGCUGAGGCAGACACUACAGAAACAGUUGGUGAAGUAGCUGAAGCAGACACUACAGAAACAGUUGGUGAAGAUCAUGAGAAACCUUAUAUUGUUGUAGAUCUGGGUACUGACGAGACUGUCACGAUGACCAUUUCUGAACCAUCUGAUUGUAUACCUCAGCUGGAUGAUGAUGUGGCAGAAACUGCCGAACCCCAUGUUGCCUCAGAAGAACCAGGCCAGACUGUGAAAGUUACCGUAUGUGCCCCCGAGUCUGAGCCUACAGAAGAGGUCACAGAUGAUGGGUCGGCUGGGCCUGACACUAGCUGCCUAAAGACUGUAUCUGAGGAGGAUACUCAUCAAGAUGAUGAGGACCAGCCAAUGGAAACAUGUGCCAGCGAUCCCACAGAGGUCAGCGAAGACCCAGUGGAAGCCCCCUCCUCCUCCUCCAUAGACCCUGAGCUUUCUGCUCAAGAUGCUGAUCAACCAACGGGAAGCAGGGCUUUACCGAAGGCUCCUGUUGUGAGCUUGCUUGACAGCAGUGAUGAGGAAGAUGAGGACAGCGAUGCAUGUAGCUUUGCUGAGGGUGGACUCCGGGCCUCUGAAAAUGAGGGAGACAGCGAAGAGGUCAGCGACUCGGAAGAAGCUCCCACAGAAAAGAUCAAGAGGAAAGCCCUCCCCACCGACGGCCUGUUUGUCAUCGACACGCAGCCUGGUGUUCACUCUUCUCAACAGUACUACUCUGAAGAACGGGCUGAAAGGGUGAAGGGGCAGGAUGGGGAUGAAGGAGAAGUUCUGGGUAAAGGUGAGGAUGAGGAAGAGUUUGUCGAUGAAGAACUGGAUGAGGACGAAGAUGAAGAUUCCGAAGUGCUGUUCUCAACCAGGAGGAACAAGGCUGCGAAUGAGUUAUCCUGCCGCAUUGAUCCCGGCCUGAAAGUGAAGGAGCUCGGGGGUUUAUACAUCAAUUUCGAUGGCAGCAAAUCAAAUAAGGCCUCCAGUGGCCUGAAGAAGCUGAAGGAGCAGAAGCACCUAGAUGAGCUGAUGAAGAAAAGUGUCAUCGUACCAGAUCUAGAGAAACAAGACUGCAUAGCGCCGUAUAAAGAAUCCAUGAAUGCUUUGAAGCUGAAACGGAGGGUGGAGCGGCAGAAGACAACUGGAGACGGCUGGUACAACAUGAAGGCCCCAGAGAUGACCGAGGAGUUGAAGAACGACCUGAAGGCGCUGAAGAUGCGCUCUGCCAUGGACCCCAAGCGCUUCUACAAGAAGGACGACAGGGAGGGCUUCGCCAAAUACGUGCAGGUUGGCACAGUGGUUGACAGUCCGCUGGACUUCUAUCAUUCCCGCAUUCCCCAGAAGGAGAGGAAGAGGACCAUAGUUGAGGAGCUACUAGCAGAUGCUGAGUUCAGAAGCAACAACAAGAGGAAAUAUCAAGAGAUCAUGACAGAGAGAGCUGCUUUAGUUGCUGGCAAGAGACACAAGAAAAAUAAAUUCAAAUCAAAGUAGUCAAAGAAAACAUUGUAAGAUACUUUUAUUUGUAAAUUUGUGUGGUCAUUAAGUCAGUUAAGUACAUGAAUUUAAACAAAUUUUACAAAAUAUUUUUUAAGUGGUAUGAAAUACAUGUAAAUACAGUAUUAUCAUUUGAUUUAUAAUCCAUAACAUUCAAAACUGCAGUCAGACUGUUCUUGAAAAAAAGAUGAGACCUUUAAUUGUAACUUUCUGAAAAAAUAAUAAAUCAAGUACAAUACAA